AUGUCCGUCCCUGCCGACAAUCGAGAGAUCGAAGAACGAGGAGGCACCCCCGAGACCGCCGUAAACGCACCCCUUUCGGCCGUCGACCCAUCCGUCGUGUUGUCGCUCCACGACUAUCCAGCGCUCCAAAGCUUUGCAGCCUCCCUUCCCAAGCUACCUCACGCCGACGCUCUCUCUUCCACUGAUAUUGACGUCCUCGCCAACGGACUGACCAAUUUUGCCCUGAACUCAACAGUCUCUGCGAGCUCUACAGACGGGAACAUAAAGGAUUUUGUAGGACGGGAAGCUUCAAGAGACCCGCCCGCUACAACCAAUGACACCGAACCCGACUUUCGGAGGUAUCAAUGGCAUGAUGUGAAAGGAUGCUGGCCUCGACGGCUACUCCACGUACCUACUAUGACCUCCUUAGAACGCCAGUACGAUAACCGCUACGGUUCCGUGCGAGAACCACCUUACAGUAUUCUCUCCUACACCUGGGGUCGAUGGGCGGGAAAUGCCGAUGGCCCAAGACUAGGCGUCAAAGGUGUGAGCUGGACUAUCCCGGCUGUGGACGAGGAGCACUUCACCGCCGAAUCGUUCGAGCGCGUUAUCAAGCAGCUUGGGAAAGACUUCGAUUAUGUCUGGGUGGACAUAGCGUGCAUAGACCAGGAGAACAACGAGGUCAAGAUGGAUGAGGUGGGCCGGCAAGUGGGCAUAUUCGCGAAUGCCCGGCGCGUCUAUAUCUGGCUGUCGCGGUUGACUACGGACACUCUUCAGUCAUCUUUGGAUAGUGUCCGGGCGUUCCGGAACCUUGUAGGCAAUAAAGUUUUUGGCAAGCGCCGAAUAACAAACCUUCGGGAGCCGCUAGCACUUCUUCCACGCUUGCACGCUUCUGUCACUACGCUGCUGGAUGACCCGUGGUUCUCGUCCCUAUGGACUUUGCAAGAGGGCACCCUUCGCCAGGAUGCCUUGUUUUUGUCAAGAGAAGGGAAUCCCAUCACAUACCUCGGCUGGAGCGGGGAAAUGCCCUCUUCUCAUCAAUCAGUUUCCCUGACCUUAUACCAUGUAUGGGACUUCUUCCACGAAUUCCGCGAAAGACUUCAGAGAAUCGAGGACGCCUCUGUCCAGAGACAUACAAACGCCGUCGUCGACGUUAUACAACGUACCGGAUACCACCUACCGCGUGGACAGAACCCGAAUAUACAGUACGGCAUCGCGCAAUACCGACAAACCUCGUUCCCAUUGGAUCGCAUAUACGGGAUUAUGGCCAUCUAUGGUAUUCAAGUUGGUCAAGAGAAUCCGUACGGUUAUACUUUUGAAGAGCUGGAGCAUGAAUUUGCUGCUACACUCAACGCGACAAAUCCGUUCAUAGGGCAAAUGUUCCUUCACACCGUAAGGCCAGGGGAGAACGCCACAUGGAAAAUCACGCAAAGGUCGAGGGUGCCCAUGGCGGAGAUCGAUCCUUACCCUAAUGAAGUGCGGACGCUUUGCACGAUAUCAGCUACCACAGGCGAACGACAUGCCGUCUUUGCUGGCAGCACCUGCUUUCUUAACGAGUGGUUGUUUGUGACACUAUGUCGAACUUCCCGGUCACCUCUCUGUGAAGAAACGAAGAGACUUGGGGAAUACUACGGAGCAUCGUAUUGGUUUACAUUACAACUUGAUGAUUACAUCUUUGAUGAGCAUCCAUCCCUUUCUGGAAUGAGGAAUCCUGCUACUGAGGAAGUCAUCCCAUCUCCUCGUGAGGCUGUGCUGAGCAAGUUCAUUGAAGCCCAGGCAUCCGGUGGCCUUGACAAUCCGGCCAUCGUCCUAUCUUUAGAUGUUUGCGCAUUGUUCGGUAAGCAGCGCGUUUACUUGCUCCUCUUAGGAGAGAUCCCACAGGAAAAGCGAAACGGGGAGAAUGUGCAAGUCUCGUUCGGGCUUGUCCUCCUUAGAAGGCUCGACAAAGGGUGUGAAUACACUCGGCUGGGUGUUUGUCAAUGGAGAGGCGACCUGGACGGACGAAUUGAUCCUGGCGACACCGGGACGUGUGCUCAGUGGAACAUGUCAGAAGGCCUCAUAUUUUAA